CAUGACGAUUUUCUCAUGGCAUCAGUCUAUUCUGUCAAAUAUUUCAUUUUCUCGUAUAGAGAUGAAGGCUGUGUAAUUAUUUGCCAAAGCGUUUUCACAAUUCUUGCGCACGUGCUGUUCAUCAUGGAAUUUAUGAAUAUGCAGGUGAGAUUAUUUAAAGGACUUUUGCGGCUGAGCAAACGAUAGAGAGGAGCAGUUUCUCGAAUGUAGAAUUAGUAACCCAUCCCUUUCCAAAUUCUUCAUCACCAGAGUCGAUAAAUGGCUUCUCCUAAGAAAAGAAUCGCCAUCCUCGGAGCUGGAUUUUCUGGCAUGUGUUCGAUAUGGACUUUGUUGGAAGAGGGUGGUUUCGAGCCGGUUUGCUUUGAAAAAACUGACCAGCCAGGAGGUACAUGGUGCUACAGAAAAGAAGCCAUUGACGGCGUCGGUUCCAUCAUGCCCACGACCAUCAUCAACCACAGCAAGGAAAUGGGUGCCGUGAGCAAUUGGAUUCCACCCAAAGAGAGCAGUAAUUUCCUGCGGCACGGAGAACUCUACCAUUACGCCCUGAAUAUCGCAAAGUCCAGAGGAGCUCUGAAAUACAUCCAAUACAACAUAGAAGUCACGAACGUCAAAAGAACUGAUGAUUAUGAGGGGAGUGGGAGAUGGAGAGUUACAACACAGAACACAGUUACUGGACAAAUAUCUUCUGAUACUUAUGAUGGGGUUUUGGUUUGCGUCGGACACAUCAAUCGACCUAAAAUGCCAUCUUAUCCUGGCCAAGAUCUGUACAAGAAUCAAAUUAUUCACACACAUAGUUUGAAAGAGGUCGAAUCAUAUAGAAAUAAAAUUGUGGUUGUAGUUGGCAUGGGCUGCUCUGGACUAGAUGCAGCUGUAGAAAUUAGCAAUGUUGCAAAGCAAGUAUAUCUCAGUACUCGCUCUGGAGCACAUGUUUUUCAACGUGCUGGACCACAUGGAUAUCCAUUCGAUUAUAUUCUGCUCAGACGUUGGUUGUAUAUUUUAUAUAGCAUACUUCCACCUCACAUCAUGAGUUGGUUUUUGGAAUCUAUAUUCAUGGAACCUCAGUUUAGCUCAAAUAUGUAUGCUGUCAAGCCACUUAACCAUGUCUUUUCCAAGGAUCCGGUCAUUAAUGAUGCUUUAGCGUCGAAGUUGCUCUCUGGGCUUAUAAAACAGGUGCCUGAUAUACUGGAAUUCACAGAAGAUGGUAUCAUUUUUGAAGGCGACACAGAAGUCACUAAAGCAGAUGCUGUGAUCAUGGCGACAGGAUAUACAUGGAAGUUUCCUUUUCUAGAAGAUGGCAUUUUGGUUCACAAACAAGGCAGAUUUAAUCUUUAUAAGUGUAUGUACCCGGCGCAUUUGAAUCAUGGAACGCUAGCAUUCAUUGGUUUUGUUCUACCCUUUGGACCAGGUUUUCCUAUUGGCGAACUUCAGAUUCGGUGGGCAACUCAGAUCUUAGCUGGCAACUGCAAACUUCCAUCUAAAGAAGUGAUGCUUAAUGAUAUGCUGAAAAAAUACAGGUAUAAUCUGUCGAGAUAUGUACCGAAUGAGAAACGGUCAAUACAAGUAGAUUUCAUACAAUACUGUGAUGAUAUAGCUUCUCAGAUGGGAGUGAAACCUAAUUUCGUGAAGAUGCUUCUAACAGAUCCAAAAUUAUUUUUGAAGUUAUUUUUCGGACCUUCUCUGCCCUAUCAGUACAGGCUUCAAGGGCCUCAUUCUUGGAACGGAGCCAGAAAAGCCAUCAUGACUUGUGAAGAAAGAGUAUUGUAUCCAUUAACGAAGAAAACUUCAGAGGAGAUUUCGGAGAACAUUUUUCUGGUGAUUUUCAAGAAGAUACUGAGACCUUUAUUCUAUUGACACAUUUAAAAUGAUUUCACUAAUGAUUAAAAAUUGAAUUGCAUAUAAUUCAAUUUUAUUCAACAAUAAAAUGCAUAACUUAUAUGGAUUUAUCAUUAUCUAAUCUGUAUACCUUCUGAGUAUAUGUGCAAAUAUUUGACAAAUGCUUAUCUAUUAAUUAUUAUUAUUACCAACGACUUCUGUUAAUGUUGAAUCCAUUGAAAAUCAUAGUAAUAUAUGCUUUAAAUGGAAAAAAACAGACCUUAUAAUAAAAUUUAUUUUCCACGUAAAUUAUAAGCCAUC